AUGAAGUUUUCAACAGUGUCAUCGCACGCCCUGUGCGGUGCUGUCGCGUCUGCGCUCACGCUGCCCCAGACCAGCCCCAACAAGCGUGGACUCGACGCUGAUCCCCUCGACCUGGACCAGUUUGGAUGGUUCGAGACCUUGUCGCUCGAGGAUGCCAAGUCCGGCAUCGUCAAGUCACACAAUGGCAGUCUCUCCAAGAUUGUUGGCGAGAUCGCAGAUGACUUCUCGGGUGUGGCCGAUGCCAUUGCCAAUGCUCUGAGCAUAGCACCCAGCAAGGGCUCCAGCGAAGACUCUGAGACCACCGAAUCCUUCUCCAAGGUCAACACUGUCCAGGCCGCCUCGGCAUCGUGUCCCAACCCCAACAUCCGCUUCGAGUGGAGGAACUACUCGGACACGGACAGACACGCCUUUGUCAAUGCCGUCAGCUGUCUGAUGAACGCCCCGGCCUCGGGCAACUACCCCCCGGCCCAGAACCGAUGGGAGGAUAUCGUCCGCGUGCACCAGGCCAUGACCAGCACCAUUCACGGAAACAACAUCUUCCUCUUCUGGCACCGCUACUACGUGUGGGUCCUGGAGCAGAUCAUGAGGGACGAGUGUGGCUUUGACCGGGCCUUCCCGUGGUGGGAUGAGACCCUUGACGCCGGUAACUUUGCCGGCUCCUCCAUCUUCACGGCCGACUUCUUCGGAAGCCUGCCGGGAGCUACCAAUGGCCAGGGUACCUGCAUUACCGAUGGUGCCUUUGCCAACCACAUCUGCCACAUUGGGCCCGGCACGGGCAACACGGACCACUGCCUGUCGCGGGCCGUGGACGAGUCCCUGACGGCACAGUCCAACGCCGACUUUGUCAACACGUGCAACUCGCGCACAGCGUACCCGGACAUGGAGAACUGCGCCGAGCUGGGCCCGCACGCCUACGGCCACAACGGCAUCGGCUCCGUCAUGGCCGACGUGUCGUCGUCGCCCUCGGACCCCGUCUUCUUCAUGCACCACCUGUUUGUCGACCGCAACUUUUGGCUCUGGCAGAACGGCGACGCCAGCCGCAAGACGUCCAUCACGGGCUGCAUCGACAGCAACUCGCCCUGCACCCCGCUCACCCUCGACACCGUUAUCAGCGUCCAGGGUCUCCGUCCCGACGUCACGGUCCGCGACAUUAUUGACACCGAAAACGGUGCCAUCUGCUACCUAUACACCUACUGA